GUAUGCUACACGGCUCACUCGGAGAGCUCACUUGUAAAAUUUUCCGAAUGUUCGUUUACAUUAUUAUUGCCGGGAACAUUUCUCCAUACAAUUUUCAUUGAUCAUGGAUUUAUCAGGUCUAACUGACGAUGUUUUUCGAUCUACUGAUGAAAUUUUAAAACGAAUUUUCAAUCAUCGACCAUUUCUAGAAGCUCAUUUACAAACAAUGGUUCGAAAUUUUGAUUCCGAUGAGCGUGAUGAAUUUCAACAGAUCCAUAGUAAAAUUGUUCAUAUCAAAGAUCAAUCAUUCAAUAUGAUUGAGAAUAAAUGUCAGCCACUUGAAAAAGCUCAUAUCCACGUUGAAAAACUGGAACAAUUGAUGGAUCAAAUACUUGUUUCGGAAUCGGCUAAUGAAUCGGAACGAAAAAACCAUCUAUUACAAUAUACGGCUGAAAAAAGUGAAGAUCUUAUUGAAUUUAUGGAACAAAUGAAUUCACAGAUUAAUAAUAUUGACAAUUCAUAUAUGAAUGCCAAAAAAGAGAUUGAUAUAAAAUACAAGAAUGUAAAGAAAUAGAUUUUUUAAUAAAAUUUAUAUAUGUACAUUAACGAUUA